CCCGCGCCCCAGCCUUCCGGGGGGCCCCCGCAGCCCCCUUGCCCCGUGCCCGGCGAGCCGCCCGUGCCGAGCCCCGUCGCCUGCAUCUCCUUCCUCGUCGCCGCCACCCACCCCGAGGAGGGAUGACCCUCUCCGGCGGCGGCAGCGCCAGCGACAUGUCCGGCCAGACGGUGCUGACGGCCGAGGACGUGGACAUCGAUGUGGUGGGCGAGGGCGACGACGGGCUGGAGGAGAAGGACAGCGACGCCGGCUGCGACAGCCCCGUUGGGCCGCCCGAGCUGCGCCUGGACGAGGCGGACGAGGUGACGCCGGCCGCGCCGCACCACGGGCAGCCGCAGCCGCCGCACCAGCAGCCCCUGGCGCUGCCCAAGGAAGCGUCCGGCGCCGCGCCGGGGGUCGAGGCGGGCGCGUCCGAAGCCGCCGACGGCUGCAAGGGCGGCGAGGAGGGCGGCGGCGGCGGCGGGCCGGGCGCGGGCAGCGGGGCGGCGGGCGGCCUGGCCCCCAGCAAGCCCAAGAACAGCCUGGUGAAGCCGCCCUACUCGUACAUCGCGCUCAUCACCAUGGCCAUCCUGCAGAGCCCGCAGAAGAAGCUGACCCUGAGCGGCAUCUGCGAGUUCAUCAGCAACCGCUUCCCCUACUACCGGGAGAAGUUCCCCGCCUGGCAGAACAGCAUCCGCCACAACCUGUCGCUCAACGACUGCUUCGUCAAGAUCCCCCGCGAGCCGGGCAACCCGGGCAAGGGCAACUACUGGACCCUGGACCCGCAGUCCGAGGACAUGUUCGACAACGGCAGCUUCCUGCGGCGCCGGAAACGCUUCAAGCGCCACCAGCAGGAGCACCUGCGCGAGCAGACGGCGCUCAUGAUGCAGAGCUUCGGCGCCUACAGCCUGGCGGCGGCGGCGGGCGCGGCGGGGCCCUACGGCCGCCCCUACGGCCUGCACCCCGCGGCCGCGGCCGGCGCCUACUCGCACCCCGCGGCGGCCGCGGCGGCGGCGGCGGCGGCGGCGCUGCAGUACCCGUACGCGCUGCCGCCCGUGGCCCCCGUGCUGCCGCCCGCCGUGCCGCUGCUGCCCUCGGGCGAGCUGGGCCGCAAAGCCGCCGCCUUCGGCUCGCAGCUCGGCCCGGGCCUGCAGCUGCAGCUCAACAGCCUGGGCGCCGCCGCGGCCGCCGCGGGCACGGCGGGCGCCGCGGGCACCACGGCGUCGCUCAUCAAGUCGGAGCCCAGCGCCCGGCCGUCGUUCAGCAUCGAGAACAUCAUCGGCGGGGGCCCCGCGGCGCCCGGGGGCUCGGCCGCGGGCGCCGGGGGCGCCGGGGUGGCCGCGGGGACCGGGGGAGGCGGCGGCGGCGGCGGCGGCGGCGGGGGCGGGGGCGCGGCGCAGUCGUUCCUGCGGCCGCCGGGGACCGUGCAGUCGGCGGCGCUCAUGGCCACGCACCAGCCGCUGUCCCUGAGCCGGACGACGGCCACCAUCGCGCCGAUCCUCAGCGUGCCGCUCUCGGGACAGUUCCUGCAGCCCGCGGCCUCGGCCGCCGCCGCCGCCGCCGCCGCCGCGCAAGCCAAGUGGCCCGCGCAAUAGGGACGCGCCGGUGGCCCGGACGCCGGGUCCGGCGGCGGCCCCGGGCGCCGGCUGCACCUCCGGGCCGCGCGCCCCGCGCCGGGCCCGGUGCCUCGGCCCGAUCCGGGACUCGGCCGGUGCACCGUUUCCUCCCCGCGCCCCCUGGACGCCGACCUGCGCCGGCGGCCGCCGGCCCAGCCCCGCGCGCUCACCUCGGUCCGCCGGAGCCAGCCCGCCGCGCGCCCGCCUGCCGGGAAUAGCUUUCCGCACAGGUAACCCCGAAAAGCGAAUUGUCCGCCUCUGCACCCGGACGGCGCCCGCCCUCGAGUCCCUUGGGGAGGGGAGGGGAAUUAUUUGUACAUAUUUGUAUAAAAAUUAUCGACUUUCCUUUUGGGGUUUUUAUUUUUUUAAGAAAAAAAAAAUUCCAGUAGAAUUAGAGCUCUGAACUUUCGUUUUUUUGAAGGUUCACUCUCCGCAGUUUUAUGUGAGAAAUAAAAUGUAUAGAGACAUUGGGAGAUUUUAAAUAUAAAAAAAAUUUUCAAGAGGCGAAAGUGGCAUUCUAUUAUAAAAGUCUGUUUAUAUAUGAAUGAAGAUAUAUGGUAUUCUAAAUGUUACUCCGUCGUGUUGUACACAACUUUGUA